AAAAUAUCGCUUUUUAUUCAAAAUAUCGUAAAAUGCAAAUUAUUUUUGCUAUUUGAAAGGUACGGAGUAAUUUGAUUUAGGUACACUAGUAGCACGCAUGAGGGCGCACUAAACAUCGAAGUUGUUUUUAAGGAAAAACAGCGAAACUGAAGUGUACCAAGUUGAGUGCGAAGCAAACAAAUAAUUCAUUAUUUAAAUUGCUGUGCUCUUCUAUAUUUGUUCUAAAAUAUAAUAGUAAUCACGUCGAAAGUUAUCCGAGAUGUCAUCGGUACAAGACAGACUUAAACUUAAACGCACACCUUGUGAAACAUGGACUACACGAGAACAAUUGUGUCUUGCGUCAAGUGUACUGAAAUCUGGGGACCAGAAUUGGAUGAGCGUCUCUAGAUCACUGAAGCCGCUUAUCGAAAAAGAUCCACUGAGGCCUGCAGAUUGGUUCUCACAAAAAUCAUGUGCCAUUCAGUACGCGCACUUAAUCGAGAACGCCGACAUGCCAAAAAGGAAGAAACGAGAGAGUGGUGAGACCACUAGCGAAUCCAUAGUUAGGAAGCUAACACAAGAGAGGAUAUCCGAGCUGAGUCAGACUCUUGUCAGCCAGAGGGAAGAGUACCAACGGCUCAAAGCGGAGAUAAAUUUCCUGAAAUCUAGCAUAAUAAGCGAUGAAAAGUUGGAGAAGAUGUGGCUCGACAUACAGCAAGAGGAACGCGAGGGGGAGCAAAAAGCGCGGGCUCACAUGGCGUGGCUGGUGAAACGGCAACAAAAGCAAGAGAUGACCUCGUCUACCCCGAUCACGAUCGCAAACCAAGCUCGCAAGUUCCCCGAGGGCGCGGUGGAGGUGGUGCAGGAACCCGCAGCACAGCUGCAGGAAUCGUCCACCAUGGAGAAUGACGAGGAAAAGAAGAACAGAGGCGGUAAAUCGCCGUUACUGACGAGUCUGCUGAAAUCCCCCAGUCCGACGACGCAGACGGCGCAGACAUUUCCGUCUACUCCUGUCCAAGUAAGCUCGCCAACCAUCACCAGCCUGCUCGGGUCGAGUCCCAAGGUACUGAACGCGCAGCUGGCACAGAACGUGUCGCCGCAGCUGCAGCAGCUAGUUUCGACAGCGAUCGCGAGCGCGAACGCAGCACCGGAACGGCCAUCCGUUGGCGCGCCGACGCUUUCCAUGCUGUUGGAGAUGCCGGCCAGCGCACAGAGAGGACCCCUGCCAAAUCUGCAGGCAACCACGACCUCUGCGACGAUGGUGCCUCACUCGCAGAAACAGGUUGCGGCUGCUACUUCCGAAGUACGUAACUAUCAGCAAGCGGCGCAGGCACAAUCCGCUCAUCAGGUGACCGUACCGAAUGAGACGGCCACUGCUGCGGCAGCGACAGCGAUAGCGACGAUGCCAACCGUGACGAUACCGGUGACAACAACGGCGACGGUGACUCCGGCACUCACCACGAUUCCGGCAGCGACGAGUAUACCUGUGGCGGAGAACAUGGUGCAGAUCAUUGAUAACAUAGCUGAUGUGAUACGCAAGGACAUAAUGGCGGACGUAAUGGACAAGGACGAGAUAAAUGAUAUAAUCGGCGAUAUUGAGGAGCUGAUCAAGGAGGAGAUCACUGGUAGCCCGCAGAAUCUGGACACAAGCGGCUCCACAGCAACAGGAUCAACAGCGACGGCAGCAGCUGCAGCAGCAGCAGCAGCGACGACGGUUAUUGAUGACCUCGCGAGUGUGCCCCAGCAGGCGGGAAUUCCAGUAGCACCGGAACGGCUGAAGCCGCGAGACGUGGACGAAGCUGUGUCACUGUCCGAUUCGCCGCAAAGCGAGAUGGCGAUCGAGGAAAUUGAUUCCAGCACUUCCAACAUCGCCGAGAUUAUUGGCACUGUCGCCAUAGAGCCGCAAGAAUCCAAGAUCAUUGUCGCUGAGGUCGCGGAAACUGUAUCGAGUACACCAGAGGGCACCAAGUCUGAGACAAGUGCUUGCGAUGAAAAAAUGGCCGAGGAGUUUGUUUCAGAAUCCGAGAACAACGAUGCAAAGAACAAGAAGGAUACCGUAACGGAGGAGAGACAACCGGAUGCCGAGAUGAAGUCCAUAGACUUCAUAUCGAACGUAGAGACUGAGGAGAGUGACUCCAAACUUCCAAGUGAGACAAAAGAGACGGUGGAGGAAGCUAUGGAGGAGGAGGAAGUUGAAGAGGUGGACGAGGAGGAAGAGGAGGAAAUGGGAGUAGCUGUACCCGACGACAAAGAGUCACCCGAGAACGUCAAGGAACAGAAGAAGGAGUCUCCAGAGGACGCUGAAGGUAAACCUAAUGUGGAAUUAGGUCAACUGGAAAUGCAUGUGAUGAAAAUUACAGGGGACCAGCAGGACGUGCCAUCCGCCGAGGUUGUCAGCGUCUCUUCGGAGGUAACGAAUGACGUACCUAGCACCGAGGACACGGAGAAAUCGCAAGACAUCAGCCUGAUCCUGGAGGGCGACGAGAGCAGCCAGAGUUCGGAAAGCAAGAAGAAAGCGGUAGCCGAAGAGCAGAUCAUCGAAAACACCAUUGAGAGUACCGAGUCUUUGGAAUCUUUCAAGGAAGAGUCGGUGGUCUUGAUAAAAGAGAAGACGAUCGUGGAGGUAAAAGAGGAGCCUUCGGUGAAAUCACAGGAGGAAGAGGCAGUCGAAGAAACACUGGAGAUAUACACGGAAGAGUUUAAAAAGGAAGAGGUCAAAGAUUCCUCGGAGGACACUACGAGCUCCAUUUUGCAGGACAUGGAGGUGAAGGAGGAAGAGAUGAGCAACGAGCCGGUCGAGGCGGUCGACGAUACCGCUCCGGUUAUGACGGAGGAGGUACAAAGCGUCAAAAGCGAACCGGUAGAGACUACUGACGCGGAAGUAAGUAUUAAGAAAACCGAGAGUGUGGAAGUUAAGAUCGAGGAAGCAAAAGCUAACGCGGAACCGGAAACUACCGAACCAUUUCACGCGAAGAGUCCACUUCAGGUGCCACUGAAGGAGAAAAAAGAGAGUGUAGAGAUGAAGGAGGAGAAAGAGGAGAAAGAGGACACCAAGAGGAACGUGGAGAGCGAGCAGAAUAUAAAGAAGGAAUUGGACUCCACGGUCGGCGAAGAACCCGGGGAACUGGACGAGGAGGAGACCUCGUUGAGCAAAUUGAGCGGCGGACGUGCGAUGAAGACGUACUCCAAGAAGCAAAACGUCGCCGUGGACAGCGAGCCGGAGAACGAGAGCACGGGAGAGGGCGCGGACUACCGCGCCUGGAAGAAAGCGGUGAUGCUCCUCUACAAUCGUUUGGCGACGCACAAGUACGCGUCGGUGUUCCUCAGGCCGAUCACGGAGGACCAGGCGCCCGGGUACCAUUCGGUGAUCUUCCGGCCGAUGGACUUGUCGACCAUCAAGAAGAACAUAGACAAUGGCACGAUCAGGUCAACUAUGCACUUCCAGAGGGACGUGAUGCUCAUGUUCCAGAACGCUAUCAUGUACAACAAGCACGAUACCUUCAUCUAUAAAAUGGCAGUUUCGAUGCAGGAGGAGUGCCUGCAACAGAUGCAGAUACUGGUACAAGUAACGGGGGAAGGAAGUUUUCGAAGGGAGACGAGGACUGCUGCGAGCAGUAGCAGCGACACGAUUGAGAGCACUCUCAAGCGAAAACGAAGUCAUAUCACUCCGAGUCCUCACGACACCGACAGUCCUCGAUCAAAGAAACGCAGAAAAUCCGAAAACGAUUAGAUGGGAUUAACAAUCUGUACAUACGAGAUAAAAAGUUAGAUUUAUAUGAAAAUUUGUGUGUUGGAUGUAAAAAAAAAGAGAGAAGAGUGGAUUAGAAAGAUAUUUUCUCAUAUAUUCUCAGAUGUUGAAAGUCUGUAUCGAGUAACGUACGAGGAAAUCGAUCAUGUACGAGGACGCAGGAAGUUUGUGAUAUAAUUACAUUAAAAUAUGUAUCUGUAUUA